ACGUAAGUGUGUGCCUUAAGAUGAGACAGCAGGGCGAAACUUGGUUGACGUAGCACAGCAACAUCGUAUCAAAGUGUAAUUUAGACUAAUCAGGGAUCUGUUUUGCUUGACGAUUACAUUAUAUAUAACUGUCGAUAAAAGGAGAUAUAUUAUAUUAUUUUUGGUUCUGACUGUCUUAAACGUACGAAGUGCGCGCGUAAUGAAGUGCUCGUGAUCAGCUGAUGCGUCUCGUAAACAAAGUUUUUUGGCCUUGUAAUAAAUAUAAGAGCACGUUGUGGUUAUCAAGAAGAGCAUAAAGUGUUAAUAUUUGAAAACACGGAGUUCUUAUUAAGCCGGUAAGAAGAUUAAAGUCAUGACGGGUAGAGAGGACGAGUAUGACUAUCUCUUUAAAGUGGUUCUGAUUGGCGACUCUGGUGUGGGCAAGAGUAACCUGCUCUCUCGCUUCACCCGCAAUGAGUUCAGCCUGGAGAGCAAGAGCACCAUCGGGGUGGAGUUUGCCACACGCAGUAUCCAUGUGGAGGGCAAGACCGUCAAAGCCCAGAUCUGGGACACGGCUGGACAGGAGAGAUACAGGGCCAUCACCUCAGCGUAUUACCGAGGUGCCGUAGGAGCCCUGCUGGUGUAUGACAUCGCCAAGCAUCUGACCUAUGAAAACGCCGAACGCUGGCUGAAGGAGCUGCAGGAUCAUGCUGACAGCAAUAUUGUCAUCAUGUUAGUAGGGAACAAAAGUGACUUGCGCCAUCUGAGGGCUGUUCCUAUGGAUGAAGCCAAGGCGUUUGCAGAGAAGCAUGGACUUUCUUUCCUGGAGACCUCAGCGCUGGACUCUUCUAAUGUUGAACUUGCCUUUCAGACCAUUCUUACAGAAAUCUACCGUAUCGUGUCCCAGAGGCAGAUGUCAGGGCGUGGUGAAGACAGCUUCUCCCCCAGCUCCAAAGUGGUUCCCAUUACUGUACAGCCUACACAGAAUUCUGGCAAGCAGGGCGCCUGCUGUCAGAAUAACUGAGCUGCUACAGCGCCGCCAUGGGAUCCGGGGGAAAUCGACAACUUUUGUUGGGCUGGGCUGCGAGGUUGACCGUGACCGUCCAACUGCGUUGUGUUCCCUGCGCGUGGUGUGGUUAAUGUAUGUAACGGACUUACUUGGUUAUGGCCAGAAUCAGUGAGUAAUAAUCUUCAAAAUUGGACAAUAAGAGAAGUUGAAAUUCAAUGGAUCAAGCAUUUUCUCAGAACUAAGAGGCCAUGCUUCUUGUUUCAGACUAAUUAGAAAUGAGCAGGUAGCUGGGGCGCUCGGACGUGGCGGCUCGUCUUUUUUUCCCGCUCUUUUUGUCACUGACAGUCUGCUUACAAACAAUGGGCAGGAAGAAUGAGAAAAAAGUGCUUAGAAUGUGUAAUGCUACCUUUAAAUAACUCUUGAAUGGUUUCUGAUCACAAUAGGGAUUCACUAGUGAAAUGAUAUAUUUUUUCCUUUAGUGUGCCACCGCAGAUGUAGUCUGAUAACUUUUUCAUGCAUCUCUACUCCAGAGAAAUUCACACUGGUCAUCAUAGCGCCUGUUCGGUCAAUUCUUACACAGACGCCGCUGUAACGGCUCCUUUGUAUUUAUUGAAUGCAAAUAUGAUCUUGUUUUACUGUG